ACUGUUGCAAGUGGUAGUAGAAAAUGUCUCAGGUUUGUAGCAGGAGGAGGAAUGAUGACCCAUCAUUGGUAUUAGUGGAAGGAAUAAUGCCCCAUCAGUGGUGUCUGUGGGAGAAGCAGUGCCCCAUCAUUGGUGGCAGAAGGAUGAAUAGUGCCCCAUCGUUGGUAUUAAUGAUAGGAAAGUGCCCCAUCAUUGGUAUCAGUGGGAGGAAUAGUGCCCCAUCAUUGGUAUCAGUGGGAGGAAUAGUGCCCCAUCAUUGGUAUCAGUGGGAGGAAUAGUGCCCCAUCAUUGGUAUCAGUAGGAGGAAUAGUGCCCCAUCAUUGGUAUGAGUGAGAGGAAUAG